GACUCUUAUUGACUAGUUGAUGCUUAUAGAGUAGUCGAUGCUUAUGGACUAGUCGAUGCUUAUGGACUAGUCGAUGCUUAUGGACUAGUUUGUAUUCUGUUAAUUGUUUAUAAUUAUUAUAUCAAACUUUUUAACUACGGAAAUACGGAAUAUUUUUUAAAUAAUCUUUGGUAAUUUUAUAAAUUGAUGUUAAUUUAUUAAUUCUGGAACAACUCCUUUCCGUUGCUCUUGGCAAAAACCAUUGACGGACCUUGAACUUUGGCAACUCGGCAACUCUGCAUCGAUCAUCAAGAAUUCAAGAGUAAUAAAAAUAUUACAAACUCAUUAGAGAGAUAAUAAAAAAUCGCUUAAAGUAUUUCCGAAUCAUAAUGGAAGAUGAAAAUGCUGAUGAUGAAAUAGCCUCAAAUGAAAGAAACCUGAAUAAAAAAUUAAUUAAAAGAGGAUUUCAACAACCAGAAAUCAGUCGGUACAUUAAAGAUGUUUCUUCUGCCAAUUACAACACCAACAAGCACCGAAUGAUUCGAAUCAUGUUUAUUGCUAACCAGCUUGCCAGAGACGCCGGUGUUGAAUUACUCAUUUUUGGGUAUUUCCCAAAUGUUACUGUGGGAAGUUGUGCAGCAUGGGCAUUUGGUGAAGAGACUAAAAAUAUUGUUACGAAACCAACAGCCAAAUCAUUUCUUAAACAUUGGGAGAAUGUUUUUUCAUUAAAAGAAGAUAUACGUCAAAAUCCAGCCAAGGCCAAUGUUGAUGUUGACAAUGAAGAACCACAAACUGAAAAUGUUGACAAUGAAGAACCACAAACUGAAAAUGUUGAAAAUGAAGAACGACAAGGUGAAAAUGUUGAUGUUGACAAUGAAGAUGAUCCACAAACUGAAAAUGUUGAAAAUGAAGAACGAGAAGCUGAAAAUGAAGAACCACAAACUGAAAAUGUUGAGUUAAACAAAGAAAAAGAAGUUGUCGUUGUUCAAGUAUCACUCAACGAAACAGACACAGCGGAAGUCAACAAGAACACCAAAACCGAAAUUUUUAAACUGAGACGACUUAAAAUUUGUACAAUCAAUUAUUGUACACUGAAAUAA